AUGAGUUCAAGUUCAAGCAUUCUUGCUACUGAAAACUCGAAAGCGAUUGUUAUUCCAGUUAUUCUCAGAGGAGGAAACUAUCUGUUGUGGGCAAGAACCACAAAAACAGCUUUGUGUGGUCGCGGUCUCUGGAGCCAUGUUUUGGAGGACAAAACACCAGAAGAAGAUGAAGACACCAAAGGCGAGACAAAGAGUGAAGAGGCCAAGGCUGAAGAAGCUAAGUGGUUUCAAGAAGACCAAACUGUUCUUGGUCUUAUUCAGAACUCUCUUGAACCGGCAAUUCUUGAAGCUUACUCCUACUGUGAGACAGCAAAGUCUCUUUGGGAAACUCUCAAGAACGUAUUCGGAAAUGAUACAAAUCUGAGCAGGGUCUUUGAAGUAAAGAAGGCUAUUAAUGACCUGAGUCAAGAAGAUAUGGAUUUCAAGACUCAUUUUGGAAAGUUCAGAUCCUUGUGGGCUGAACUAGAGAUGUUGCGACCGAGUACUCUAGAUCCCAAGAUUCUCAAUGAAAGGCGAGAGCAGGACAAGGUGUUCGGUCUCCUUCUCACACUGAAUCCAGUCUUCAAUGACCUUAUCAAGCACAUCUUAAGAGAUGACAAGCUUCCAAGCCUUGAAGACGUGUGCGCCAGAAUCCAAAAGGAGCAGGGCUCCAUAGGUCUAUUCAAGAAAGGAGAACUCAUCUCAGCUAACAAAGGAGUUUUCAAACCGGAAGAGAGGAAGACUUGGGUCUGCGACCAUUGCAAGAAGAAGGGCCACUCAAAGGAAAAAUGCUGGAUCCUCCAUCCCCAUUUUAAGCCCAACAAGUUCAAGGACGCCAGGGCAAACCUCGCUCAUGAACCAGCAGCAGGAAGCAACUCAGGGGGAGAAGUGGCUAUGAGCGCUUCAGAGGAGUAUGUGAGGAAGAGCGACUUGGAGGCCCUCAUCAAAGCUUUUGCCUCUAAACAAUCCGGUAUCACUUUUUACUCACAUAAACCUAGUAGCGGUCUAGUUGUUGAUUCAGGAGCUUCUCAUCACAUGAUAAAUAAUUCUAAACUCUUGAACAGUAUAGAACUUGCCCUAGGUAAAGUGAUAAUAGCUAAUGGUGAUGGAAUCCCAAUAGAGGGAAUUGGUAAACUGAAUCUGUUUAACAAGACUAGCGAAGCUUUCUAUGUCCCAAAAUUCACCUCUAAUCUAGUAUCAGUGAAAAGAGCAACUAAAGACUUAAAUUGUUAUGCGAUUUUUGGUCCUAAUGAUGUUCAUUUUCAGGAUAUUGAGAGUGGGAAGUUACUUGGGAAAGGUGGAACCAGGGAUGAUCUUUAUGUUCUUGAAGAUGUUUCACCAAAUAAACCUGACGCUGAUGUCUCUUUUAAGUCUUGUGAGCAGAGAAGCAAGCUAGAUGCCAAAAGUAUCAAGUGUAUGUUCCUUGGAUACUCCACAACUCAAAAGGGAUACAAGUGCUAUGACCCUAUCAACAACCGAACCUAUGUCUCUAGAGAAGUCAAAUUCCUUGAGGAGCAAGGAUACUAUGUCAAGAAAGAUUGGGAGAGCUUGAAAGAUCUGUCUAGUUCACCAUCUGACCUUGCCACAAGCCUGCGGUUUCUAUUGGAUCAUCUUGGUAAUCAAGCUCCACCAAGACAAACUCCGGUUCAAGCCACAGCUACU